AUGGAAGAUGAACUAAUAUGGUAUUAUGUCGAUACAAGUGAGCAAGAAACAGAGAAACAAACUAAAGGGCCAAUAUCAAUAAGAGAUAUCGAUGUUAUGUUAAGAACUAGCAUUAUUACAUCACAUACCUAUGUUUAUAAAGAAGGAUUCACAGAUUGGAAACCAAUUUUCUUAGUAGAAGAAUUAAAGAGUUUUUUAGAUGAGCAAGAGCACGAAAUGUUUUAAAUCACUUGUGGCAAAGAAAUAAAAUCAGAAGAUUAAUAAGCAUAACAAUUAUAGUAAUAGAAUGAAAAGGAUAAUGAGGCGCCGGUUGAAGAAUUGGAGGAUGAAGAAUCAUUUGAAUAAUUGAAUGAUGAGUAGAGAAUGGAAAUUUUGAAAAAGAAAAUAGAAAAGAAUAGGAAGAAAUCGCAAAAGGAAAAAGAAAAAAAAAAGAAUUAAUGGUACACACCCAAAAUAAAUACAAAUGUAUAUGUUGAAGGAUUACCUUAAGAUAUAACUAUGGAAGAGAUGAAAGUCUUCUUUAGCAAAGCAGGAAUAAUUAGAAUCAAUCCAGAAACUUUACAACCUACGAUUAAAAUAUAUAGAGAUUAAAAUGGAAAUUGUAAAGGUGAUGGAUUGAUAUCAUAUAAAAUGGUUGAAAGCGUAUAGACUGCAAGAGAAAUGUUAGAUGGACUUCAUAUUAGGCCAGAUGUAAUUGUCAAAGUAACAGAAGCAGUUUUUGAAUAGAAAGGAUAAUAUCGUAAAAGGGAAAAUAAAAAGGUCGAUAAACUUUAAAAGGCAUUGGCUAGACAGAAAGAAAUGACAUAGAUGGCAGAGGAAGGGUAGGAAGAUGAUGGAAAAGGAUUAAAAAUACUAAUAUUCAAAAAUUUAUAUAGUCCUACAUAAGCUUAAAAUCCAGAAUUUAUGAACUAAUUAUAUGGUGAAUUGUUGUUGAAAAUAGAGUCUCUGUAAAUCUUUGUCCAAAAGUUAGAGUUUUUUAAAGAUCAUCCUUAAGGUGUGUGUAAGGUGAGAUUUCACUCUUCUUAUGAUGCUGAGAUUUGUUUAACAAGCCUAAGUGGAAUUGAAUUUAAUGGUAGAAAAAUUCAUAUUUAAUAUUGGGAUGGGAAGGAAAAUUUCAAAUCUAAUAUCGAGAGUAAGGAAGUUGAAGAGCAGAGACUAGAAGAAUUCGGUCAAUGGUUAGAGGGAUAGGAGGAUAGUGAUAAGGAUGAAUGA